CUAGUCACGCUCAACUCACUUGUUCCACGUAAACGGAAUAGAAAGCUAUCCUAGCUAUGACUUCUAGUUUGUCUUUAUUAGUUCUGGCACUUCGUCUCUCGCACGAUAGGCUUCGCUUCUAAAACCUUGCAAGGAAAAGAAUCGCUUGUGGAACACUGUUGCUGAUAGGAUUUUCAAGAGGCGCGUUACGGAAUCGCAUAUCAGUUGACAGGAUCGAGUCGCUUUGUAGAUUGCAAAGAAGGUACAGUCAAAUUUUGCUCCUCUUCCCCUCGUGGUUAUUAAAAGGGAAGACACCACCACUCUCCGGAGAACAGGUAUGAUUUAACAAUGAUUCUUCCAGCCUCAGAUAUUUAUCUGUCUCUGUUAAUUUACGUAUGCAACUGCAUUGUCACUCACCGGCCCUAAGAAGUCGACUCUUCAAGGAUCCUGUAGAGUAUUUCCAUGCCCUCUAUGGUCCUUUAUAGCGAGUAAAGAUCUUGUAUGGAAAGAAUGUCUAGGCCUGAAAGACCCCUUAGUAGUUGACACGAUAUAGACAUGUAUCUUGGCAGUUCAUAAGGUAGUUUAAAUACAUAAAUCAGCAUUAAAUCAAUGUAUGUAUCUAUAUGCGUUAUUCCGAGAGACGAGAAAGAAAGCCAUAUGUUUUUGAAGCACAAUAAACUCAUGAGAAUCGUUCAUGUUUUCUCUGUUUUGAUUGUCUUCUGCCGAUUUUGCGUCGUAUCGCCGAUAAUGUCUAACAAAUUACGGAAUUUGUAAGUUUACUCCACGCUGUCCUUACAAUGUUUAUCUCAAGCGGGAUCCAAGGUGGCUCAUCUUGCCCGCUCGGGUAGCCAAUAAGAACACAGGAUUCGCUCUGUAUUACCCUCAGCGGCUUCAAGCUGUGUAAUAAGCUUGGUUAUUUGUCUGCGUUUGAUCAUAUUCGUUCCGAGGAGCGAACAGUUUUUCGAGAGCGAAGCUCAAAGAAAUCUGUGAGCUUCGAGGAACAGAUAUUGUCCAAGGACAGAUAAAGGAGCGUAUUUUUGCGCCAAAUGGAGGCCAUUGUGUUUAUUAUCCUUUUGAUAUUAUACAUGAAAAAAAUGACUCAAUUCUGAUAAAUGCAGUCUUCAGGUAAUUCAGUGCAGAGGAGGGUUAAUUCAGUGCAAAGAAGUAACAAACCAGACAUUCUGAUUGGUCAAUAAUCAAAGAAACUCACAGAAAGGCCAAUCAAAUGCGAGCCUUGGAUCGAUGUUGCAACAUUUGGAUACGCUGAAAGAUUUGUGAGCGAAACAAUAGCUGGCGUUAUAAGUAGGUUUUCUUUCGCCAUCGCAACAACAAUACAGCAACUGAAAAACAGCUAUAACAACGAAACACUGUAACAAGCACUGCUUUUUGGUUGUUGGUUUGGAAAAAGUGGUGUUUAAAGAAGGGAAUUGCCAAGAAAAUCGAAAAUUACGACCGACACAACUUAACACUUUACUCGAGCGAUUCUACGCCGAAAUUAAAAACAAACAUGGUUAGACCUUGCAAACGACGAUUCCAUUUCAUCGAAAGUGAUUCGGACACAGACUGAACAAAUCCUUGAACUGUUAAGCCGGACUUUGAACUUCAUUGCACCCUAAAGUUGUGGAAACAUCAUUGUAUAUUAUUGUUUUGAUCGUGCGCGGUUGUUUUGACCGAACGCCCGAUGUCACUUGCAAGUUAGAAUAAAUUAUUUUUGCACCCGAUGCGCUCGCUUUGCUUUUGCAUAAUUAUGAUAAGCUAUCUCGUAUUUUUUCAUGUAUAUUAUUAAUACGUAAUCACAUGAUUUUUCUCGUGCAAUUUGGACUAAAUAAUCAGUUAUUGAUUUUUUCAAAGACCACAUAUUGCAUUCGCCAUACGGGCUUAUUUAUUCCAAAUUGCACUCGAAAUCAUGUGAUUACCAACACAAAUGUUUUUGCAGCGCGUGGGACAGAAUGAUUACGAACAACUCAUUGUUUAACUCUUAGGAUGUACACUAUUCAGUGUUCUCUGGUACAAUAUUAUGUGCCUUCAUCAGUAAUAACAGAAAAUUGGGUAGUAUCAUUCGGGGAAUUUGUUGGAUUGUGUAGCGCAUCAAAAGGAGGAAUAGGGCUAUUGGGGGUGCGCUGCGUUACAGUGUUUUGAGAGAAAAAAAAAGGAAUUACCGCACUCGGUCAUUGAUCUGUAAACUGCUUUACGAGCGACGAAAAAAGAUGAGAAUUUGUGGUUUUUCAGCUUUCCCUCGAAUCGCCCACUGAGAUCGCCGAGGAGUUAACUUAGGUCAUCUUAUGAUAUCACAUCACUGGUUCGCAUAACUGGAAGAAUAUGAUUGUAUCCUCUGAUCUACUCUUCACGAUUCUACGUCACAAAAUAUCGCUUUCUCGCUCAAUUUUUCCCAUCAAUUCAAUUGCACACGAUUUCGACGUAAGUGAUCAGCGUGAAGUAGCUCUUUGCUAAAGCAUCGUUCGGUUUCUUGGUUUUCUUUUUUCCUAAAAUAAUGAAAGAGUUUAAAGUGGUUAUGAAUGUU